UGACACUAGGGGAAGGCCGCCCUAAAUAUGUACUUCCAAUCUGACACCAAAUCGGACCAGGACGGAAAGCCAAAAAGAAAAGUAUCGGUCUAUAGCAAGGAUACUUACAACAGAGUUGAAACAGUGACUCUAACAAACGAUAAACCAAAUGCUGAUCAGAAAGUUUUCCAAAAUAAUGAAAAGCUGAGCCCUAUAGUAAAUCCACAAACGCAUGAUGUACACACAGUCGUCGGCAACAAAGUGAUAGAUGGGAAAUAUGUGCACACUGAAAAACAAGAGGAACAAGCGGCCAAGGAAUUAUACAAGGAGAAAGUAGAACCAAUAAAGCAGUGAUCAAGUUGAACGUCUGUGAAGAGUAGAUUAUUGAUUGGUGAUGUGAUACUGGACCGAAUAAAGAG